CCACGCCCGAAUUUUAGAAGCAUCACUAAUACUCAAAAUUAGUAGCGUAAGAAGCAAGAGGCGGGGUUUUAUGAUAUAAAACCUGCAAACGUAGACCCCUCUAUACUUUGUGCCAGUUGUAUUUCUCCAUCCUAACCUCCAGAAUGGCUCUUCUUGGUGGCAUAUUUGAUAUUUUGGGUGCUUUCCACCAUUAUGCUGGAAAGGGAGGAGAUCCGAAGAAACUGAACAAAAAGGAGGUCAAGGAGCUACUUGCGGAACAGUUGGGACUGGCUGAAUGUGAAUGCCCAAGUGGACAAAUGGAUGAAUGUUUGAAGAGUCUAGAUGAGGAUCAAGACGGAGAGGUGGAUUUCUGCGAAUUCAUGCCCUUGCUGGCAGGUUUUACAAUACUUAUAGAGACUGAGAAGGAGGCACCCAGUACUCUGCUUAAGGGUAUUCAGACCAUCAAGAAGGUAUUUGUGGACUAUGCAUCAAAGGAAGGUGACCCAAGUACACUGAGCAAACAUGAAGUGAAACUACUUCUGCAGGAGCAGCUCUAUGGGGAAGAGAAACUUGACAAGGCGAAGGCAGAUGAACAUUUUAAGGAGCUUGACUUGGAUGGCGAUGCACAAGUGGACAUUGUUGAAUAUUUUGUAUUUCUGGCAACAUUGUGUACUUGUAUAAAUGACCUCCUCUAGGAUGGAUACAAUUAACAAACGUUUCCUAAAUUAAUUCAGUAAAAUAACUUUUGCAGUUCUUGUAUUAGUAUUAAUGUAGUUUUCUAAAUGGGGGAUGUGUGCAUACUUGUAUGAAAACGUACAUAAAGACCAUUUUGAAAGGA